AUGGACUACAGCCUGCUGCUGGGCGUGCACUUCAAGGCCACACGACCCCCACCUGCCCCCAUUGUCACCAUCACUGACUCGCACCUUGACGGCCCGACCCCCACCUCCCUCCAACCCGCCGCGCCGCAUGGCAGCAGUGCCACUGCUGUCACCAACGUGCCCGCAGAGAGGGAGCAAGGGCCUGUGGGGCAAGCAGGUGCAGCGGGCAGGCAGAGCAAGGAGAGGGAUGGGGAGGAGACGCAGCAGCCCCAGCAGGGCGAACGGGGCGAGCAGGCGGCAUGUGAGAGUGACGCAUCUGCAGCGUCUCGAAGGCUGAAUGCACCCCCGCCCUUGCACCAGCUGAGGAGGCGGCUGUUCCGUCCAUGGCAGCGCAUUCUCACCGACUCGCCCUCUCCCCUGCAGAGAUCACUGGUGGACCCGGGGCGAGGAGGCACCACCUCCUCUCACACCUCCCCCUCCCACACCUCCACCUCUCACGCCUCCUCUUCUCAGACCUCCCCCUCCCACACUUCACCGUCUCCUGCCGGUGCCACGGCUGCUCCUCUUGCUGCCAGUGCCGGUUCUCCAGCCGCUGCUGCCAGCACCCGUGGUGCAGCCACAGCGCGGCACUUGUUCCCGCGCUCGCUCACUGCCGGCAGCAGCCCCCUACACCUGCUGGCGCCCUCGCUGCCCCACUCCGACUCCCUCACUACAGACGGCAGCAGCGUGGACGACGCAAGUGUGGAGGGCAGCAGCUGUGGCGUGGUGGAAGGGGAGGGGAGGGCAGGUUGUCAUGAGGAGCUGCUGGGUUCAGCUGAUGAUCAUGCUGCUGGUGCUGGUGGCAAGGAUGGGUGCACCCCGACACCCGCCUCUGCCUCGGCGUUUCCCUCUCCGCCGCUUUCCUCCGCCCCCUCCCCUUGUGCCGUGGGUGCGGGAGCAAGGGCGGCGACUGGGACAGGCGGCAAGAAUGCAGGUGCAACAGGGGUGGUGGUGGGGCAGGCUUCACCGGGGGAGAAAACAGGCGGACGUGGAGGAGGAGCAGUGGCAGCAGCAGCAGGAGAGGGAGGAGGGGGAGGGGGGGGGAAGGGGAGGGGGGUGGUGGGGCAGCUGUUGGGGCAGGGCAUGGGGGGGACGGCAGUGAGGGUGGACAGGCGCACUCGCAGGGCCGUGAAGGACCCGCUCCUGGGGGAGGCGUACGAGGUGCUGCUGCACUUCGGCAUCAUUGACAUCCUGCAGGGGUACGACGUGGGCAAGAGGGGGGAGCACAUGUACAGGAGGGAGGAGCACAUGUACAGGAGGGAGGAGCACAUGUACAGGAGGGAGGAGCACAUGUACAGGAGGGAGGAGCACAUGUACAGGAGCCUGCAGUACGACUUUCUUGUUAAGUGA